AUGUCGGACACGGACGACUUUUCCGACGAGGACGGCGCGGCCUUUCUCGAGGCGGCAACUGCUGGCGGCAAAAAGCAAAAUGGCAAAAAACUCAGCAUUGAACGCAUCUACCAGAAAAAAACGCAGCUCGAGCAUGUCCUCCUUCGACCUGACACCUACAUUGGCUCAGUGGAGAUGGAGACCAAGUCAAUGUGGGUCUGGGAAGAGGUGGACGGCGUUGGCAAGAUGGUCUUUCGAGACAUUUCCUACGUUCCUGGACUGUACAAAAUUUUUGACGAGAUUCUCGUCAAUGCAGCCGACAACAAGCAGCGUGACAAGACGAUGAACUGCAUCAAAAUUGACAUUGACCCAGAAAAAAAUGAAAUUGUCAUUUACAACAAUGGCAAGGGCAUUCCCGUGAUUGAGCACAAGGAGGAAAAGCUCUAUGUGCCGACGCUCAUUUUCGGGCACCUGCUGACGUCGUCCAACUACGACGACAAUGAGAAAAAGGUGGUCGGCGGGCGCAAUGGUUUUGGCGCCAAGCUGUGCAACAUUUUUUCAAACCGCUUCAAGGUGGAAACCUCCUACAAAGAGUACAGCAAGUCCUUUUCCCAGGUGUGGACGGACAACAUGAAGAACGCCAAGGAGGCAAAAAUUUCCAAAAACUCGAGCGAAGACUUUACGCGAAUCUCCUUUUCGCCUGACUUGUCCAAGUUUAAAAUGGACAAGCUGGACAAUGACAUUGUGGCGCUCUUUUCGCGUCGAGCCUACGACGUGGCCGGCUCCUCCAAGGGCGUCAAGGUGUACCUGAAUGGAAAGCGAUUGAUGGUGAAUGGCUUCAAGGAGUACGUGGAGCUUUUUGUCAAGGACAAGGAGGACGAGGUGGGCAACCCCAUCAAGGUGGCCUACGAGGCGGUCAAUGAUCGCUGGGAGAUUGCCGCCACCGUCAGCGACCGAGGCUUUCAGCAAAACAGCUUUGUCAACAGCAUUGCCACGACGCGAGGCGGCAAACACGUCGACUAUGUCACCGACCAGAUUGUCGGCAAGCUGGCAGACAUUAUUAAAAAGAAAAACAAGGCGGGCAUCAGCGUCAAGCCCUUUCAGAUUCGCAACCACCUCUGGGUCUUUGUCAACUGCCUCAUUGAGAAUCCCACCUUUGACUCGCAGACCAAGGAGACCAUGACGCUGCAGAGCAAGAGCUUUGGCUCCAAGUGCGUCCCCAACGAAAAGUUUUUCAACACGGUCGUCAAGGUGGGCGUCGUCGAGGCGAUUCUCUCCUGGGUCAAGUUCAAGGCGCAGAGUGAGCUGUCGAAAAAGUGCCACGCCAAGAAGCACGCCAAGCUGACGGGCAUUCCCAAGCUGGAGGACGCCAAUGACGCCGGCACCAAAAACUCGAUCGACUGUACGCUGAUUCUCACCGAGGGCGACUCGGCCAAGUCGCUGGUGGUGGCCGGCCUGGGCGUCGUCGGCCGCGACAAGUAUGGCGUCUUUCCGCUGCGCGGCAAAAUGCUCAACGUUCGCGAGGCCUCGCACAAGCAGAUUAUCGAGAAUGCCGAAAUCAACAACAUUAUCAAAAUUGUCGGUCUGCAGUACAAAAAGACGUACCAGAGCGUGGAGGACCUCAAGAGCCUGCGCUACGGCAAGCUGAUGAUUAUGACUGAUCAGGACCAGGACGGCUCGCACAUUAAGGGGCUGCUAAUCAACUUUAUCCACCACAAUUGGCCGUCACUGCUAAAGCUCAACUUUUUGGAGGAGUUUAUCACGCCGAUUGUCAAGGCCAGCAAGGGCAACGACGUGCACUCGUUUUACAGCUUGCCCGAGUUUGAAGAGUGGAAAAAGGAGGUUCACAACUGGCGCACCUACAAGAUUAAAUACUACAAGGGUUUGGGUACUUCGACGUCGGCCGAGGCCAAAGAGUACUUUUCCGACAUGAACCGCCACCGGAUUCGCUUUGUCUACACGGGCAGCGAGGAUGACCACUUUGUGCAGCUGGCGUUUAGCAAAAAGUGCGUCGAGCAGCGCAAAGACUGGCUGACCAACUCGAUGGACGAGCGCAAGCGAAGGCGCGAGCUCGGCCUGUCGGAAAUGUUUUUGUACGAGAAAAACACGCGCCAAGUCUCGUACAAGGACUUUGUCAACAAGGAGCUGAUUCUCUUUAGCAACAUGGACAAUGAGCGCUCCAUUCCGUCGCUGGUGGACGGGCUCAAGCCGGGCCAGCGCAAGGUGCUCUUUACCUGCUUCAAGCGCAACGACAAGCGCGAGGUCAAGGUGGCGCAGCUGGCCGGCUCGGUGGGCGAGCACAGCGCCUACCACCACGGCGAGGUCUCGCUCAUGUCGACCAUCAUCAACCUGGCGCAGGACUUUGUCGGCAGCAACAACAUUAACCUGCUGAUGCCCAUUGGCCAGUUUGGCACCCGCCUGCAGGGCGGCAAGGACGCCGCCAGCGCCCGUUACAUCUUUACCAUGCUCAGUCCGCUCGCCCGGAAGCUGUUUAGUCAGCUGGAUGAGCCGCUGCUAAACUACCUGUACGAUGACAACCUCAAGAUUGAGCCCGAGUACUAUGUGCCCAUCAUUCCCAUGGUGCUGGUCAACGGCGCCGAGGGCAUUGGCACCGGGUGGAGCACCAAGAUUCCCAACUACAAUCCACGGGACAUUGUCGACAACAUUCGGCGGAUGAUGCGCGGCGAGGAGGUCAAGGUGAUGAAGCCCUGGUUCAAGGGCUUUACCGGCUCCAUUGAGCAGCUGGACGCGCAGCGCUUUGUCGUCAACGGCGAGGCGGCCAUUCUCUCGAGCAAGUCGUUUGAAAUUACCGAGCUGCCGAUUCGCGUGUGGACGCAGACGUACAAAGAGUCGGUGCUGGAGACGUUUCUCAACGGCACUGAAAAGAUGCCCUCCUUUAUUACCGACUACAAGGAGUACCACACUGACGCGACGGUCAAGUUUACCGUGACCAUGAGCGAGGACAAUCUGCGCAAGACGCUGGACGGCGGCCUGCACAAGACGUUUAAAAUUCAGUCGACCCUCUCGACGACGUCCAUGGUGCUCUUUGACGCCAACGGCGUCCUGCGCAGGUACGAGACGCCCGAGGACAUACUGCGCGAGUUUUUCCCCCUUCGCCUGGAGCACUACUCGAAGCGCAAAAAGUACUACGAGGGCAUUCUCGACGCCGAGACGCUCAAGCUGGAGAACCAGGCGCGCUUUAUACUGGAAAAGAAUGACCGCAUUCUGGUGAUGGAAAAUAUUCGCAAAAAGGAGUUUAUUGCCCAGCUCAUCAAGCGCAACUAUGACACUGACCCGGUCAAGGUGUGGAAGAAGCGGUACGCGGAAAAGGACGAUGACGUCCAGUCGAGCAGCGACUCGGACUCGGACGAUGGACAUGACAAAAAGUACGACUUUGAUUACCUGAUUGACAUGAGCAUGCGGAGCAUGCUGCGCGAAAAGGUCGACGAGCUGACCAAGCUGCGAGACCAGAAAAAGGCCGAACUGACCAAGCUGCGCGCCUCGUCACCCGAAGACCUCUGGGAGGAGGACCUGCGCGCCUUUCUCGAGGAGCUCAAAACGCUGGAGAAGCAGGAGCGCGAGCUGCUGCUCAACGGCGACGCCAAGACGGCCAAAAUGUCCAAAACUGCCUCGCGCACCAUCAAGGCGGCCAAGAUGGUCAUUACCGAGGACCACAAGCCGUCUCCUGACGGCGAGAGGGUCAUUCCAAAGAUUGACAAUGAACUACUUAAAAAGGCGGGCCAGCUGGUCAAGCCAAAGCAGCAGCAACAGCAGGAGAGCAGCAAGGCGGCUGAAAAGAUGGAGCAGGAAACGGAGGAGCAGGAAAGGAAGGAGGCUCGUCCUGUAAAGCCCUCGACGGCCGACGACGACAGCUCCGACAGCUCUGACGGCUACGUGCCACUGGAGAAGCGCAUUGGCAAAUCGCCCCAGUUGAUUGAUAAAAAGUUUAGCCUGAUUACCAAGACGCUGGACAGAGCUGCCGACAGCGAGGCGGCAAGCAAGCCGCCAGCCGAGCCCGAGGAGAAAAAGAAAAAGCCGGCGCCGAAAAAGCGAGCACCCAAAGCCAAAGACACCAACGGUGACCACGUACCCAAAAAGGGGGCGGCAGGCAAGGGCAAGAAAAAGGGCCGCAAUCCUUGGUCAGAGUCGGACGAGAGCGACGGCGAGCAGUCGGAGCAGGAGCUCGAUUUUACCGACUCGUCAGAGGAAGAGGUGAUGCCGGUGCGCAAAAAGAAUGGCAUUGCUGCCGACAAGAAGAAUGGCGAAAAUGGACAGGUGGCUGAAAAGGUGGCGGCGGCGGCGGCGGCCCCUGAGACUGCACCGGCCCGCACCAAAUUUGACAGCGACGAUGACCUGUUUGCCAGCAAACCCGAGCCAGAAAAAAAGAAAAAGACUAGCGAAGAGCUGUUUGAUUCCAUCUUUACGCCCACCGGUCCCUCGUCGACGACGAGCAGCAAGGACAACUCGGAGCGACAAGAGGCCAUUGACAAGCUUCUCUCGCGAGAGCCCAUGUUUAAUGACUCUUCGGACGACUCGUUUGAUCAGCCAAAGCCAUCGUCACCCAAGGUGACGGCCAGCAAGCCGGCAGCCAAGCCAAAGGCCAAAAAGAAGCCGCCUAAAAAGGCGUCCUCGGACGACGACGCCAGUGACUCGGAUGACUUUAAGCCGACCAAGGCGGCGGCGAAAAAGCCAGCAGCCAAGUCGAGAAAAAAGAAAAAGUCGUCUGAUUCGGAGGAGGAGAAGCCGUCAAAAAAGAAAUCAAAGACCAAAUCGGUGGCCGAGACCAUGGACGAGACGUUCAACGAGCUGCCGCCCGAGUUUCGAACCAAAACGGGGCGCAUUCGAAAGCCCGUCAACUACAACCUUGCCGACUCUUCGGAAGAGGAUGACUUUUAG